AUAUGUAAUAUAAAAAAUAGAAUUUUUUUACCAUUUUUUGUAUUUAUUCUCUCCAUUGCGAGAGAUAAUCUAUAUCUUACAGAAAUAAAAAAUAUUUUAAAUGCCAAAGAUGAAACUCUUCAAUACAUGGUUAUUGUUAUUCAAUAUAUACAUUUUUUAUUUCCUUUUUGUGCUCUUCUCUAGAAAAUAUUUUUCUUAGAAUAAUAUGAAAAACAAAAAAGGUGUAACAAGAGCCAAAGCUGGAUGUUAGUUGCUUAAAGUAUACUAUUAUAUACAUGUUAAUUACAAACGUUUCGGCGCAUUGUUUUUGGCCAUCUUCAGUGUAUAAUAUAAAUAAAAUGAGUUCGUUACAUAGUCGUUACAAAUAAUUUCCUAGUGAACAUGACGUUGUAAAAUACAAUAUAGUUGUUAAAAGAUAUGAUAUCACAAACUAUUCAUAUAUUUGGAAAGGAGUCAAGGAUGGAAAGAUAAAUAUUAUCUAGAUAUUCCGUUUCAUUUUGAAUAAUAAGACCCCUUUUUUAUUUUUUUAUAUGGAGCAUUUCCGAUGUAAGCUUUUUGGUGUAAUUGGGUUCCUUGUCUAGAAUUUUUAUUGAGUCCCACUUAAAAUCAUGUUGGAAUUCAGUUCUAUGCCUUGAGAUAGGAGACUUACAAGUUCUAUUCAUUUCACUUUUGUGUUCUUUUAUCCUAGUGAUUAAUUUACGUUUCGUUUGUCCCACAUAAGACGAGUCACAAUCAUUGCAAGAAAUUUCGUAGACUACAUCACAAUAUUCAAAUGAAUUUAAAGAGUCUUCAUCUAUUUUUAUAUAUUUGUUUAGUCGAAGGUUUCUAAACUAUUGUGUAAGAUAUUAUGUAGAAAUUUCGCAAUAUUAUACAGAGGACUAUUUAUCGAAGAUACGAUAAUUCUAUAAAAAUGAUUAGGCUUAUGGAUCUUUCUUAGAUUUAUAUACGUUAUUACUUUUAUUUACCCCAAUGACACGUAGAAUUCUCUCGAUAAGCGAGAAAAGUGUGAUACGAUAUGAAACAGAAAAACGGGUCUCGUUCACUGGCGUCGGUUAACAAACGAGAGCAGGUUGCGUUAUUCUCGCGGCUGCGUGUGGGAGUAAUUUGUGUGUGUCGCGAAUGUGUGUCGUGCGUAUAGCGGACGAUAGGGCAUGGAGAGACGUCGGGGCAAGUGGAAGGGAAGGUGGAUUCUUAUCUGGACGAAUUUUACGAGCGUUUUAAAGGGUCGUUAAUUUCAAGUCUUUUAUCGUGUAUAUUCGCCUCGGGGUCUUGAUCGUACGAAUGUCCGUUUCUAACGGCAGCUGCUAAAAGGAAAUUGUAAAGUAAGUUGAGCAUCGAUGUUGCGCUGUCUCGUUGCAUUAGCGGCUCUAAUUCAUCGAAGAGAAAACGCAAGUACUGCGGUUAAAGAUAGUAGAUAAACAAAGUUAUUCUGUCUUUGCUUUACGCACCAUUUGUUGACUUUGAUUGCUUAACUGAUAUGAGAAGUAUUUCGUGGACACUUUGUAAAAUGAUAUAAUAUAAGAUGUACUACAUUGUGCUUUCUAUAUCUUUUAUAAAAAAUUGAAUGUAGGGUAUUAUCGAUUCUAACUUUAAAUAAAUUUAAUGAACUUGCUAGGCCUCCCUUGAGAAAAGGCUUGAAUUACUUUAGAUUAACCUUUUACAUACCUUAAAUUACCUAAAAAGUACCUAAAAAUCUCUUCAGUAAACUUUUACAUUUAUAUGGUAAUUUUGAAAAAUUUUACUUCAUUUAAAAGUAGUUAAAUUUUCCUAAGGGCUAUUUUGCUGAUACCUGGAAAACCAGUUAAUUAUGAAUUAUAUCGGCUUUAAUUUUAAAAACAUAUACAUAAUAAAAUAAUUGCACAGGCGUUAAAAACGCUGCUACUUUUUUUAAUGAAAAGAGACAUAAUUCGCCGUAAAAUAAAGCUUUGAUGGGAGAAAGAGAGCGGAUAAGACGGUGUUUAGAUUACGGAAUAUCCUUCCUGCAUAUGUUGAGCUUAAGUUUAUACAUUGUUUCAAAGUGACUGAAAAAUGUCAUUACGGUCCAGCCCGGAGGGUCUUGGAUUUAUGAGGCUUAAUUGGCACGUUGAUAGAAGCAGUUUUAACGCUCUUAACUUUUCACUUCGUGUUCCUGACCGGAUCGCAAGACUCAAGUCACAUCCUCAUGUAAAUUUAAUGACUUACAUGUGGAUAUUACUUGUCUGGGUAUUAGCGCGAUAUAUCCAUAUUAAUGUCUUCGGGUUACUUUCCGUGUUAAAAAGUAUUAAAGAGCCUCGAGGAAAUUUUCCUCGAGAUUUCCGACAUCUACUGAGGUCGGAGUGGCGUAUUUUAACGACUUUAACUCCUCAUUUCCAUUAAACGGUACAUCAUUCUGUGUAAAUUACCUUGUUGCGCAAUUAUUUUCCUCUGUUUUACGUGUUUCGUAACAUAAUUAAAAAUAUAACAUUUCGCACAUAUUAGAACUAAAUUCAUUUGCAUAGCGUGUAAAAUAAAGUUACAAUGUUAAAUGUAGUAACAUUAAAUAAAUAAAAGAUAUUAAUUAUAACAGUAACAAUAUCCAAUAAAAUACGCUUAUACUUCAGGUUACACUUAAUUUAAGUAAAGAUUGUAUGCUGUGUGUCUUUCAAAAGAAUAAACACGAACGUAACAAGUCUGAGUUGUAAGAGAUUGUGCGUUUCAUUUAUAAUACAUAUAUAUAAUACAUAAUUCAGAGUUACGUGCGUCCGACACGCUGAUAUUUACGUUAAUUCCUUAAAUCAAGAUUGUCAUAACAUUAUCAUAAAUUGACCUUACCUUGUGCUACGCGUUUAUAUACUCACGUCGGGAAUAUUUAGACGUUGUGAGAUAUAUCAAUAUAUAAACACACGGUUUCCUUUUUCUGGUAAUUAACAUCGAGUUUCUCUACACAUUCGAGUUCGCAUUCGCGCAUCUUUCCACGAAGAUCUCAGUGAGCCAAUUACCGGGCGAUAAGUAUGUCCUUUAACGACGUUAACUUUUCAUUUCGUUGCCCCGCGGGUGCGACACUCGUGGCUAAUUCUCAUGUUUAAUUAAUGAGACGUGCACGAACGCAUCACCUCUCUCAGGCGCAGGCCGUGCAACACGAACACGCUUGUACGCCGCAACCGCGAAAGGGGGCAACGCGUGUAAAGGUGCGUGUAAAAUAAAAGGUGAAAAAAUUAGUGGCGCACAUUUUCUUACGAGUCACCGGCUUUCGUGUCGAGUCACGCUUUGACGAUCGCAUUACAAGCUCCGGUAAUUUCUUCCACAAAAAUAAGCUGUUCCGCAAACCGAUUCUUAUAACGAGAACGACAUUGUAUUUGUGACGUAAAAUUUACAGGAGAUCCAAAAUGGUCAAACGAUGGUAAUUCUAAAUUUUGAUAAUCUUAAAGAACGAAAUUUCUAAACAAACUUAAAACCACGUUAUGUACGAUUAUAUAUGUACGAUAGACAUGCGACGUAAAAUUGUAAAGCCGAGAGCUUGUUAUAAAUGAACGUAAUUAUAAAUUUAUAAGUUUGUGUAUCGUGUAUAUUAUAUAUAUAUCACAUGUAUUAUAUCCUACAGCUAUCCUGUGUUAUGAUCAAAUUUAACUUGAAGUAUACUACUUAGUUAAUAAUAAGCUAACAUUAGAAAAAUUUUCAAUAGCCUUAUUACUUUUAGGGUGCUUAUCUUCCAUAUAAUACUUGUAAUACUUGUGUAUUUACAAUACAUUACAUGGGACAUUGUAUACAGAUGUUACGCUACAUAUGGCCCUUGUAAUUAAAUGAUGUCACCUAAUUUCUAUCCAUCAUUCCUGCCAAUUUUAACUCCAUUCCAUUCGAUUCUGCUAAUGUCGGAAUAAUUGUUCCAAUAUGCUCAUGUAUUACCACAAAUUGUAUUUGUAUGCCUCAUGCAUUUCUAGUCAUUUACAAACAUCUCAUACUUUUAGCGAGCAUCUUUGCAAUUUCAAACAUAUUUAAAUAAAUUAGAAGUCAUAAAAUAAAUAGCUGUUAUUUUUGGUAAUGUUUAAUUGGAAUUAAAAAAAUAGAGAACAAUAAUUUUGGACUAAAAUAAUAAUUUAUAGUCCAAUAAUAUUACUUAGUUUUUUCUACUUAGAUUUCUAUUUCCUACAUUCUAUUUUUUUCUAUUCUUAUUUAUUUCUAAAUUUCUAAAUUGUGAACAAAGAAAUAGCUCUAUUCCAAUAAUUGUAAUAGCAUCGAUUUUUUUCCAUAUAAUUGUUUUUGUGAAAGAUUAAAAAAAAUUCACUUAUCAUAUAUUACAUAAACUGCGAUUACAAAUUGCCAUUAAUCGCGAUGACAUAUGAAUCAUCACUUGUAAAGAUUUCACGAUACCUGUUACAAAAGUAGUCGUCAUCUUAUUAGAUCCUAACUUAUUAUUUGUUACACCGUUUAGGCAUAUAUACAGAUACCAUUACUUUGAUUGACCCUUUUAUUGCACAAUUUAACGCUCAGAAUGUCACUCUGCAACGACAUUGGUAACACACAGCCCAGUUUAAUCAACGUGCUUCUUUGAUAUGCUUAACAAGCCUUUUCUUGAGCUUCGACGACAGGGGAGGACGCAAAAAAAAGUUCACGUAGCAAAAAACGCCGCGCUCGCUCGCCCGGACUCCCGAGUUCGCUCGUUCACUCGCCUGCCCGUCGUGAAUUCGUAAAUUCGCGGAGUAAGUUCGCGGAGCUGGGACCACCCUUCUCCGUUUCGAUGGCACUUCACCCCUUCCAGCUAGGUCUCGCUGGACCCUCUCCUUCUCCCUCCCCUCUCCCGCCGUUUUCUCGACGAUCCGCUUCGCCGUUCCAUCUCGAGGAGAGCGAGCUGAAAGUGGGAGGCCAGUAUCACCGCCCGCUCCACCCUGUUUCGUUCCUUUCCCCCCCUUUCCCCGUGCAGUCCCCGGCCACCGUUCCUAUGCCUCCCACCAUCGUCGUCUUCCGCGCGAGGAGCUUGGGUGCUCCCUUCCCCCCCGUCCCGACUAUAAUGAAAGAUAUUAACUACAAUUUUAUAUCGAAUUACCGCUGAAACACAUUUCAAAUUACUUGGGCGUAGCCGUGGCACAUAGCGGAGGCGCCGAGGUUGCUUCGGUCGGGAUUGGCGGGAUGCUUAACGCCGGCGAGCGGCAUUGGCCCGAGCGUGUCGGUAGUGGGGUGAACGGGAGGCGUGUCAGAAUCCCGAUAUGGCCGCCCAGGAACGAGCGGAGGUGCCUGCCGUUCUCAGUACAGGCAGACCAGUCGUGGCAACUCGAUGCACACGCACGUUUCGUGUGCACGACUACGUUCUCAAUCCUGGGCAGGCUUGAUUCUUUAUCCGGCGAGGAUCAGAUUGACCCGGAAUUGCAGGCUCGCGCACUGGAAGGUCGAUCGAGGAAUCUUCGCCGUGACGGAUAUUCAAUAUAGACAUCAAAAUUUGAUUCUCGGUUCUUUCCAAGUGAUCUGAAUGGCCUGACAACGCAGCAAAACGUGAACGACGAAUUAGGUGACAGUGCAACUCGAAGGAGAACAGUGCUGAUAGACUGUAACGAUAUACAUAUGUCGGUUCGAAAUCGGUGAACGUUUCAAAUGACGAAAGUCUCAUCGUGAGAGUGAUCAAUCCUGGCGUGACAAGCGACCGCGAUAAGCCGACUAAAUAUAGACUCUUGAAACGGACGUGAUCGAGAUAAACCAAUCGAGUGACAGUUUUUGGACUGAUCGGACCUUGAUUGAAGUGAUCGCUCGUGGUCGUUCAUCAGGCGCAAUUGAAAUCUGGAGGGGGGAAACUAGUUGUGGAGGGUGUGUGCUAAUGUUUAGAAAUUUAUCUUUUGAAGUAUCAUAUCUAUUUCAUGGCUAAACGACCGGUUGGCGAACAGUAGGAGGUCUCGAACUUGUUUCUUCGUAGGCGUGAUACACACCGAACACAUAAGCGAGUGCAAAAGUGAGAGGAGAAUGCGCCACACGAGAGUCUUAUAUAAAAAUAAUUAAUAAUUGAACGAGCAAAGAAAAGGAGAAAAAGAAAAGCGGAAAUGGCCGGCGGCUCCGCUCUUAUGCGCGGCAAUUAUGUUAAGUGGCCAAUUAGCAAUUAACCAGGGAGCCGAGCCGAGCGGCCCCUUAAUUGCGCCUGGGAAGAAGGUGGUGGCGGAGGUGGAGCGACCGAGUAAGCGGGAGGAAGUGUAAGGUGCACCGGCAUCGUGACGCAAAUAUCUGUCUCACGCGCCAUUUAUUCCAGAUUUUCUCGAAAAACUUUUGCCCCCCUUCGGUUCUCCAAAUCGCUCUCGGACGAGGUACUUUCAUGUUCUCGACGCGAACGUUCAUCGCGAAGGAGGUUUCCUGAAACCCUCUCGUCGAAAAAAUAAUCCCUCAACCGCGACGUGAUCUUAGAUUAAGCCGUCGAAUGAUGUCGGCGGACAACGCGUCAAUCGUACGUGCAAGAGAGGAAGAGUGAGAUCCAGAAACCAGAUCUAUCGAGGAUACAGUGCAGUGAAAUUGAAAUAGAGUGAGAGGGCACGAUCUCUUCCUGGGAUAGGCUACGUCGUCAUCGUCGGCAAGAUUCUGUCUCCCAGGUACCGGGCGAGUCCUGGGGUGGCGACAGAGGCACCUGCAGGUGCCCGUAGCCCGAACGAACCACCUGCGUCUACCGUGAUGACGGUCCAUCAUCAGCAGAACCACCACGUGGCCGCUCUCAGUGGCGUCGCCGUGGCCAAUAACGGUUUGAAUCUCAGCAGGAUGUCCGGCCUGGAGGCGCAUCGGCUGGAGAACAUCGUCGAUCGGAACGGCGUGGCGGUGGAACGUCUUUCGAACGGGCUCGACUCGCGGAGCAACAAUUUGAACAAUAACAACGGCCUGGAGAGGGGCGAUGCCUCGACGACGAUGCCGCAGAGAUCGAGGUUCAUGAUCACCGACAUUUUAGGCGGCGCGUCUAGCAAGAUGCACCAAUCGGGACUACCCAGCCAGGAGCCACCCGGAAGUCCACCCUCGACCCCGCGGGACCUCAGUGUCAGGCAUCAGUCCAGAACGUCCUUGAGCAACAGUAAUCUAGACGAGGACAGCGACGCCAGCCACCACGACGGCGCUUCCGUUACGUCCAAUGGUGGCAAAGAGGAUGAUCCUAAAAGCUCGUCCUCGAGUUCCUUGGGCUCGGCGCAGAGUAAGAAGCAACGUAAGGCGCGCACGGCUUUCACGGAUCACCAGCUUCAGACCCUCGAGAAGAGCUUCGAGCGGCAAAAGUACCUCAGCGUGCAGGACAGAAUGGAGCUGGCGGCGAAACUACAGCUGACGGACACGCAAGUGAAAACGUGGUACCAAAACAGAAGAACGAAAUGGAAGCGGCAAACGAUCGUGGGUUUCGAGAUCAUGGCCGAGAACAAUUUCGCCGUCGCCGCCUUCCAGCAUCUGUAUAGCGGCAGCACCGCGACCAUCCCCGCGCAUCCUGCCGCAGGACGCUACUGGCAGUAUCCCAGCGCGCACGCGUUACCCGCCAACGGAUUCUUCUAUCAGCCAUCAUCGGCGGCGGCGGCGGCGACUCUACAGAAACCGCUUCCCUAUCGCCUGUACCCGCCCAUGAUCCUGGCUGGGCCGAGUAAUCCCCUCGGAUCCUUGACCGCGAGCUCCAGUCUGUCGAGCCUCAGCAACUACUACAGAGACAGCCCGGAGAUGGCCGACGGACGGGAGUCCUCGAGGAAGAGGGACAGAAGCAAGAGUCCGGAAUCGAGGGACAGGUCGCCAACCAGGAAAUCGGCGAGAUUGUAUCCGCUGCAGAUGAUGCAGGCAGGCCCCAGCAAUCCUCUCGGCACCCUGACGACCACCAAUCUCCCCAACAUGAACAACUACUACAGAGGCAGUCCGGAAUUGAUGGAAGGGAGGGAGAGUCUGGACAGGUCGAGGAAGCAGGAGAGAAGCAGCAAGAGCCCGGACUCCAGGGACCGAUCACCCUUGAGGAAGGACGCCAGGUCUUAUCCCUCGACGAUGAUCCAGGCAGGUCCCAGCAACCCCCUCGGGCCCCUCGCGACCGGACCGAACCUGAACAAUUACUACAGAGACAGUCCGGAAAUAGUGGACGGGCGGGAAGGUAUGAACCGAACACGGCAACGCGACAGGAGUCAGAGCCAGGACAGAUCGCCCAUGCAGAGGGAGGACAGUCCUCGAAGUGUGAGGGCUGACAGCGACGAAGAGAGUAUACACGAUAUCUAGGACAUGGAGAUCCCCGGUACCGGCGGUGGCACGUCGGGAGUAUUGCACGAGGAAGAGGACGAGUAUGCCCUGCAGGAUAAUUAGGAAACGAGAUUGCCGUGUGAAAUGGAGUGAUUUUCUUACGCCGUUCACUUCGGGAUAAAUGGACGAACACGGGGCGAGCGAAGAGUUGACGACAGGAAAUGGCGGGAGGACCGCGUCGAGGGGAACGUGGACUUUCCGAAAAAUGCCCCCGUGUGAAUCGGGCAGCUAAAACGAAACGUGCAGGCGAGCUUGAAAGGACUGACAGAUACGAUAACUCAUUACGAGAAGCUGACACGGAUAAUUAAACGCAAAUUCACUUAGCUAGCAGUUAAUCAGUCAAUUCCGAAUGGGAUAACGAAGUCGCUCAACGUUCAGCGCGGCUCUAUUGCAUUAACAGUUUCGUAAAUAAAUAAAUCGAUUCUCCGACGAGGAGAACUGAAUCUGGGAGAUCGGUAACGUAUUUACGUAAUCCUGGGAGGAACAGGCUGUACAUAUAUCUUCGGGAACUUGCAUCGGUCUACGCAGCUAUUACGAAUACAAGCGAAGAAGCGAGUGCAGCCGACAACGAGACUGCCUGAAGAAGAGCUGUACAUCGAUGACGAGUGACUGGAAUAUUAUUUCGCGGUUAUUUUGAAAUCCGGAGAAAGUGGAGUUAAGGGGGGAUUAUUCGCGAAAUCUGAGACGAAGUCGGCGGAAUGAAAUGCGAGCGGAACGGCACGGCCGAUUUCGUGAGGUAGAACAGGAAGUGACAUAGCACGGGACGUCCGGGAUUUUGUAGAUAAUGAGAGCGAACAGGAAAUAUCGUGCGGUUAACCGAACUUCGUGAUUUGAGCGUUCAGUGAAUGGCGGGUUACGGUGAAACAAUAUAUUCAACGUUGAUACGAUCGGUCUGCGUGUAGAGAGAAAGAGAGAGAGAGAGAGAGAGGGAGAGAGAGAGAGCGGACAAAGGUAAAAAUCCCGAACGGGCUCAUCGAAACAUUACCCCCCUCGCGCGGAAACGAAUGGAGACUCAUUAUCACUCGUUCAUUGUCCAUUCAUUAUUUUAUUUUCCAUUCCUUCGCGCGGAGCGCGCAAUUGGUCCGUCGUUUGAGAGAUACUUGUUUUUCCAAUAUUUUUACAAUUUGCGGAACAAAAUCAUUUACGUUUAUGAGUUUUAUUUUGCUCACGAUUACCGGUAAUUACACCGCGAUAAUUAUUUGAUUUGAAUGUAUGUACGCACUGGUUAAUUUUAUUGCGAAUUUUAUUGCUCGCUUUAAUAUUUAUAAUUAAAUCUUCACCGCGAAACGUAACUGUGUGGUUCUUUUUUUAACAUCGGUCAGUUGGUUUCCUUGCAGGAUGUUACGCAAGAGUUUGUACAGGCGACUAAUAUUACAACUGUACCCGACAAAGGUAUUUUGCUGUGCCAAAAUCUCAAUUCUUUUAAUCUUAAAAUAUAAGUAGUUAGUUAAAAUUCUGUUCCCUCGCCACUAACGUCGAGAAUUAAGAGAACUCGCUUGUUCUGCAAAGAAACCAAUUAAAUAUUCGUGACCGCCGAACCUGGCUUUUCAAAAAUUUAUCACGCGCAUUCGGUUCAACGGAUCAACAUAGAUCCCCGUUAGCGACGGAACUACGUCGAUUAGAGAACCCGAUUGUUCAGUUUCAUGUGUCGAGGACGGUUUUACGGUCGCGCCAGGAAACGGGCCAAUCGCGGACGAAACGCGAAUAUACAAUUAAUAUGACAUUAGAGGGGACUUCUGGCCGCGGGGGAAGAAAUCUAAAAUGACACGAAAUUACACGCGGUCGCCACGAACGAAACAAAAAGAGAACGAUGCAGGAGGGGGAAGGGGGAGAGGGCGGCAUCGGGACGUCGAACGCGAUGAGUAGAGAGAACGAGAGGGGAGGUUUGACUAUUCAAAUAACUGGCGGUCUCGUGUCUCGGUCGAGAUGAAACCGGCACUUUGCCCGGUCGUUCUUGCCCGGGCAGGACGAGCGAGCCGUAGGCUUAAUUAAUAUCGACGAGAUCUAAGUGACGGUGACGAUUCCCGAAAAUUGCACGACAGUGGCGACCGGUAAUUUGCGAGCGCAACGUGGGCGGACUCGAGUAUUCUCUUUCUUUUUCCUAGGGGGGGGGGGGGGGGAAAGAUCGCUGUAAGUUAAAUCGCGAAUUGCGCGCGGCGGAGGAAGACCUCCUCGUCAUACCGUCGUCGUUACGAGUCCUUGUUUAUUCGUUAAACGGCACGGUGAUACGCGAUUCACGCGAUAAACGACGAUGACGAUGCGACAUUUGCGUCAAACGAUGAUUACACGUUUCCCCUCGCGAAACAAUUGCGCGAAACGUUUCCAUACUCCUAAAGGCCGGGAUUAUACCGAAUCUUGAAAAUUGCUGAGAUUUUCUAGAAACUACGAUGGACACGAACCGAUUACACGCUAACGAGCGGAGAACUCGGUGUCUGAGAGAGCGCAAGCUACCUAAUUAGAUGACAAAUCUCGCGUCGAUCAACGGAUUAAAGUCCGUCUGAGUUUCUGAAGUUGGAAGAGCGUUGGAAUAUUCCUCGUGAUACCUUAGCUCUUUUUUUUUUUGUUUUACCGAUCGAACGUUUUCGUCCGCGAAAUUCUCGUUCGGCACGGAGCUGCGCGAUUGUCCGUAACUUCGGUCUCGCAAAGACGAGCUGCGCUCCAUCCAACCUUGUAAAUACUUCGAAUGUACCACGUCCUCUUAUGAGGACGGAGAUACGAAAGCUGUAAAUAUGCGAAGACGAGGGGGGGAGGGGGAGGGGGAUCGGGUACGCGCGAGGACGUGAGGACGUAAUAAGUCCGCGAGGACUCGAGAGCCAACGUACCGUGAGAUACGAGAUGUUUCAAAGUAUUUUUCAGAUUUCAGUAUACGUAGCGGAAUCCCGGGGCGCGUUCUCGAGAGAUCGAGCGUCUCGCGGAGACGCGGACUCUUCUUCCCCGGGGGUUUUUUUUUCCUUCUUCCCCGCCGGCGGCGAGAGCGCGACGACGACGACGACGUCUCGAUGUCUCGACGACGCGGCACGCGGCGCGUUUCGAGAUAAGGACAUUACCAGUAUUAUGAAUGUAUAAAAUUAGGCUGUACAAGACGCGCGCGCGCGUUUCAAGUAGUUAAGUAACGCAGCAAGAAGUACUUAGAGUAAUAUGGAAACCAUGCUUUGUAAAAUAAUGUCUGUAUAGCGAGAAUUAUUAUAUUAUAUGGAAAAUAUAUUAUACUGAAUUUAAAA